AUGCCGUAUCGACCCAAAAUUGACGAAUCUCGUGUGGCUGAGGCUUGCGAAGCCGCCAGUCUCCUUGAAAACCCGAAUUUGUCGCAAAUCGCGAGGCAAUAUGGUGUUUCAUAUGGGGUAUUGCGGGGACGCAUCCGCCAGGGUAAACAGCCUCGUACAGCACCAAAACCUGAAAAUCGAGCUCUUGAUAAUACUCAGGAGGAAGCCUUGAUUCUGUGGAUUGUGGAAUUGAACAAAUAUCAUAUGCCAGUAACCCCGGCGUUGCUCCAUGAGAUGGCGCAGCUCUCGUUAGUUCGCGCAGGCUCAGAUCAUAUCUUAGGCGAUCGCUGGGCUUAUCGCUUUAUUAAGCGUUUGCCAGAGGAUGUGAAACUAUCGCCAGUGAAGCAGAGAACGAAGGAGUAUAAGCGUAUUAAGGCAGAGGACGCAUGGAAGCUCGAUGUGUGGUAUAUGAAGCUGAAAAAUGUGAUCAAAAAGAAUACCCCAGCACGGUUGGUAUACAACUUUGACGAAUGUGGUUUCCAACCAGGAAAAGGCAAGAAUCGAAAAGUGUUAGGGCAGGAAGGAGGGCCUGAUCUUGGAGAAAACGAGCAUUCAGAGACUAUUACUGCUCUAGAGUGUAUUGCUGCAGAUGGUUGGUUUAUGGACCCGUUGUUCGUUUUUAAAGGUACCACCUUCCAAGAAGUUUGGUAUGACAACAGCGAGGGCCUUCCACCACGUACACUUACAGCAGUCUCUCCAAAUGGCUGGAUUUCUGAUGAACUACUUCUUGAGUGGCUUGGUCACUUCCAGGAAGCAACAAAAGAGCGAGUAGAACCUAAUGAGAAGCGUAUUAUGAUCUUUGAUGGUCAUAACUCUCAUCUUACGGUUGAAUUCCUCGAAAAAUGUCAGGAAUAUGAGAUUUUACCAAUCGCAUUUGAGCCUCAUACAACUCAUAUAUCUCAGCCUCUUGAUGGCAAGCCUUUUUUGGCUUAUAAACAGCAUUUCAAGGUGGUUAAUAAUGAGAUGUCGUACUUUGCAGGUAUGCCGGCUGGUAAAUCAGAGUUCUUAAGAGUCAUCACCAGAGUACGCGCCCGUACUUUCAACACUCGAAUUAUCCGAGAUUCGUUUAAAGAACGUGGUAUUUUCCCAGUCAAUGGCAAAGAUAUUGUUAAGAAGCUUCGUAUGAAGCUUCCAAUAAGUUCUGAGGACCUUGAUAUCGAUACAUCUCAGCUACGACUACACGGAGAAGAGCAUACACCACCUCCUCCUGAACCUGGAUCAUCCAGUAUUGAGAAUUCACCUCCAAAAUCAAUACAAGCUGCCAAAAGGAAUCAUCGGAAGCUGGAGAAGCUAUUCAGAAAAGAGAGAAUAUCCCCAAAGCUUCAGCGAGGGUUAAAUCGAGUUCUGAAACAUCAGGGUGUUAUCAUAGAACACGCAGCAUUAACCAAAGAUAUUGUUCGUCGUAUAUCAGCUGCACGUCGUCCUCUACAACGCCAGUUUCACAAGCGACAGGUAAAGCCACUCUCUGGCUCUAAUAUACUGAGUGUACGUGAUGCCAACUACUCAAUUAAAGCCAGAAAGGAGAAGGAAGCAACAAAGGUCGCAAAACAAGCUGCAAAACGAAUAGGCCACAAGCUCAACCAACCAACAGCAACAGAGGUUUCACAGGCAAAGCAGGCAUCAUUAGAUGCGGAAAAAGCUGCCCGAGAGGGUGGAUUACUUUUUUGGUUCGAUUCAAAUCCAGUGCGUUGA